AUGCGCAUAGAAAGAAUGAAAAAGCCAUAUAUAUUGGCCAAGAGAUAUGACUGGGAAGGUUUCAGGAAAUUUUUCAGCAAACACAAGGAUCUGUUGGAUGAGCAAAUCGACUUGCACCACAGCACUCCUUUUCACUACGCAGCACACUGUGGGAACCCAGAAAUGUACAAGGAAAUGAUCGAGUGGGUGGGUGUGGGAGACAUAAAGCGUGUGCUGAGGUUGCAGGAUGACAUGGGGAACACGCCACUUCAUGAGGUGGCCUUCACUGGAGAAGUGGAAAUGGCAAAGAGCAUUAUGGAGCACGAGGAGAAAACAGGAUCGGAUCAGUAUCAGGCGUUGCUGCAGAUGCGGAACAAUUUGGGAGAAACCCCAGUUUACAGAGCAGCUGCACUCGGAAAGACGGAGUUGCUCAGAGUCUUCCUUGAAGAGUAUCGAGUUGAUCCCAACAUUCAUUUUCACCGAGACGGGGAUAAGAUGUCCAUUCUUCACACUGCUGUCAUUGAUCAGUUCUUUGGCACAGCUGUAUGGAUACUGAAACGGUAUGAAUACCUGGCUUAUGAAAAAGAACAAAAUGACCUCACAACUCUCCAAUUGCUUGCAAAGAUGCCCUCUACUUUUAAAAGUCAAACCCAUAUGGGGCCCUUCAAAAAUUUCAUAUACCUUUUGCUUCCUAACUUUCAAGAUUACAAAUAUUACCAUCAAAAUAUGGAAUGCACAACAAAAAAGGAAGAUGUGGAAAGUGGCCGAAACUACCAAAAUGAACCAUCUUUAACCCAAACGCGCCUUGAGGAUAGCAAUAGAGAAGGGCAAAAACUGAAAAAUCACAAGAAGGGAAGAAAUGAAUCACCUGCAACUCAAACAAACCUCUCAGUUUUUUCACGGAUUUGGCACACCAUGUGGAAGGUUAUAGCAAAAGAAUGGAAGGAGAUUGAUAAACUUUGGAGGAAGAAGGAAAUGCAUAAUCUAGCGAGGGAUCUGGUAUACUUGCUAGCACAAAAAGACUAUUCAUGGGAAAACACUGCUAUAGCAAGGGAUCGAACAGUUUCUAUGGGGAGAUCACUACCUGAAGGAAAGUUCAAAGGGAAGAAUAAGGAACCAGAGGAAGAAAAGAAACGAGAGGAAGAAAAGAAACGAGAGGAAGAAAAGAGACCAGAGGGUGAAAGCAAUCUAGUAUAUACCCCCUUGCUUAUGGCUGCUUGCAAUGGAAUUACUGAGAUUGUUGAAUUAAUAAUUCGUUUUCAUCCUCAUUCAAUUGAGCAUGUUAGUGACGACGAGCAAAACAUAUUGUACAUGGCUGUCAAGCACCGCCAGAAGAAAAUUUAUAAAAUCUUGAAGAAAUUGAAAAUGGUGAAAAGUCUUGCUGGAAAAAUAGACAAGGAAAAUAACACUGUCCUUCACUACACUGCAGAAUUUCAAGGGGGUUCCCAACCUGGUUAUGCUAUGCAACUGCAAGAGGAGCUGCAUUGGUUCGAUCGCAUAGAAAAGAGACUCCCUUAUCAUUACACCGUUCACAAGAACAAGCAAAACCAAACUGCAAGGCAACUUUUUGUGGAAAAGCAUGCAUUACUCCUUAAGGAAGCUCGUGAAUGGAUAAAAGAAACUGCUCAAUCAUGUUCUGCAGUAGCUGUUCUUGUUGCCACUGUUGUUUUUGCAGCAGCUUACACCGUCCCUGGAGGCACAGAUGAUGAUGGCAUCCCUAGAUUUCUUGAUCACCCCAUAUUCUUGGUGUUCACAAUUAUGGAUAUUGUGGCUCUUAUAGGUUCUUUGGCUUCGGUGAUUAUGUUCCUCUCAAUCCUCACAUCUCCCUGUGAGAUGUGGGAUUUUCGAAAGUCUCUCCCUCGAAAAUUGAUGGCAGGUUUUGCCUUGUUGUUCUUCUCCAUGGCCACAACAAUGCUAGCAUUCAGCGCCACAAUUUUGAUGAACAUAAAGCUAGAGGGGAGCACAUGGACUUCAACUUUGACAUAUUGUGCAGCAUUCUUCCCUGUAUGCAUAUUUGCAUUGGUGCAGUUCCCUCUUUUCAUUGCCAUCAAAGGAUGUGUGCGUAGCAUCAUCAAGAAUCUUAAGAAGACCAUUCCUCUGUUCCUCCUGAAGUUGGUCAAAAGGAGAAAGAAAUUAUGGUACAUUUGA